AUGAAACGUCUGUGGUCAUCUUCCGGAUCUGUGGCCAUCUCCAGAAUCGUUCGGCGAGGUAUCCGUCAGAAACGUCCAGUGCUGGAACCAUCACCAUCCGCAGCUAAUGCACCCGUUGAAUGGUUGAAGGAGUCGACGACAUAUGCAGACACUCAUUCGGCCGUUGUUGACCCCUAUACGAAAUCGCCUUAUCCGGAUGAGGAUAUAGAAGAACUUCUGAGGAAAGGCGAAGCUCAAAGCUCAAAGUCGUCUGCGUACAAGAAAUGGGUGGCAGAAAGGCAUAAAAAACGGAAAAUUUUUCAACUGAAUUUCGAUCAUAUUCCAAUAGAGGAACAAAUUGUUGCGCUAUUCCCUGGUCAAGGAGCACAACAUGUUGGGAUGGGUUCAAAGCUCUCGGAAUGCCCAGAAGCUUGUCGAGUGUACGAUGAAGCAUCAGAAAUACUUGGCUACGAUAUCAAGAAACUUUGCUUAGAAGGUCCGAAAUCAAAACUCGAUCAAACAAUAUAUUGUCAACCGGCCGUUUUUGUCAGCUCGAUGGCUGCACUCGAACUGGCGAAGAGCACGAAGAAUAGUUUCAUGGAUCGAGUUACAGACACGGCUGGUUUUAGUGUCGGUGAAUAUGCAGCGUUAGUGCUUGCUGGUGUGAUCUCAUUUCAGGAUGCAUUGCGUCUCGUGAACACAAGAGCAAAACUGAUGCAUGAGUGUAAUCAGCGGAUUGCUUCGGGUAUGGUCACUGUCCGAGUAUCUGCCGCAUCUCGCCUCGAUGAAGCUAUGGCUGAUGCAAGGGAGUUGGCUAGUGAGAAGGGUGAGGAACCAAUAUGUGAAAUCGCGAAUUUCCUCUUCUGUGGAGUGAAAGUGGUUGGCGCCUCAAACACGUGCCUGAAAUUCCUGGAGGAUAAUCAAGAACGAUACGCGUUUCAGGUGGUGAAACGAUUGGCUGUUAGUGGUGCCUUCCAUACGAGACUAAUGAACGAUGCUAUAGAGCCAAUGCGAGAUGCACUGAGAGGAGUUGAAUUGUCGGCCCCGCGAGUGAAUAUUUAUGCGAAUUACACAGGGAAAAUUUACGGGCGGAAAUUGGCUCGAAUCCGUGAUAAUUUAAUCAAGCAAAUUUCAUCGCCAGUUAAAUGGGAACAAAUCCUACAAUUGCUCUACCGAAAACAUCAGGACUACAAAUUUCCAACAUAUAUGGAAAUAGGUCCAGGACGACAGUUGGGUGCAAUGCUUGUGCAAGUCAGUAAAAAGGCUUAUAAACAUUACGAAAAUAUUGCCCCUUAA